CUAAUCUAACCUAUAUUUUGUAUACACAACAUAUAGCACUAUAUAACUUUGUACGAAGCCGGGUAGUUAAUUUUAGUUUAAUUAUAUAUUAAUAAGAAUUUAAAAAGUUUAAAUACAAAAUGCUUGAAAAACAACAAAAACGAUAUGAAGAUGAGACGAAUAAAAUAGUCGAAGAGAUCAAUAAACCAAUGAGAAAAUUGCAGGGUGAUGCAUAUAGAUGUGCAGCAACUUGUUGUGAUAAUGAAAGUUAUAAUAUGCAAAAUGUAAAGGACUGUGUAAAUAACUGCACAAAUCCAUGGGAUAAAGCACAAAGAUAUGUUGGUGAAGAACUUGAAAGAGUGCAGAAUCGAUUGCAAAGAUGUUUUAUGGAUUGCUACGAUAAAAUAAAAGAUCAGGUUGGACCAAAUCCAUCACAGCGCGAGAUGGAUAUGUACAAAGAGCAGAUGGAUAAAUGCUCCACUAAAUGUAUAGAUAGUUAUUGUGAAUUGUUACCUUCUUUAGAAAAAAGAAUGAAAGAAGUUUUGUCCGAAAGGAAGUACGAAUAGGAAUAGUAAUAAAAUUAAUACUUCCAUACUGUACAAAUAUCAGAUUUAUUCAAUACCAACUUGCCAAUAGAGAUGCAGCAUUGCUACUAAAUAUGCAGUUGCUACUGCUACUAGAUGCAUUUUUUUCUUAAGUGCAAACCACUAGACUUUUUUUAUGUAAAUGAAUUCUUCUUAUCACCUGUACAUAA